AAAAUUUCUAUUCCACAAUAAAAAAGAAAAGGAAAAACCCGACGAGAAUUCACCAACUAAAAUCUUAUUUAAGUUCUUGAUAACUGGGUCCGGAGAAUCGUUGGAACCAAAAAAGGAAACCUAGGAAUUGGGAAGUCUUGAAGAUAUGAUGGGCGGUGGAAGUGUGUAUUGGGGAAGGAAAGAAGAGAGUAAAGAAGUGAAAGGAAUAGUGGUGAUAUUUGCUUGGGUUUCGAUUCACGACAAACACCUUCAAAAUUACGUGGAUUUGUAUUCGUCUCUCGGUUGGAAUUCCCUCGUUUCUCGUGCUGAUUUUCUUAACGCAUAUUAUCCUGAGAGGGCUAUGUCCUUAGCAUUUGUUCUUCUAAAUGAACUUGUGGAGGAGCUAAAGUUUAGAACUUGUCCUGUAGUCUUAGUUGCUUUCUCUGGCAGUCCUAAAGCUUGUAUGUACAAGGUGUUUCAGAUUAUUCAGGGAACAGGUGAAAGUCAGCUUAAUCUGGAUGGAGACCAGUUGGUUAGAAAUUGUGUUUCUGGACAAAUCUAUGAUUCUAGUCCAGUAGAUUUUGCCAGUGAUCUGAAUGCCCAAUUUGCUUUGCAUCCCUCCAUACGCAAAAUGCCUGGACCAUCAAAACUUGUUUCUUGGAUUGCAAAAGGUGUUGCUUCUGGUCUGGAUGGUCUCUAUCUAACUGGGUUUCAGUCUCAACGUGCUGAGUAUUGGCAGACCCUUUACUCCUCAGUUGAUUUAAAUGCUCCAUAUCUCAUUUUAUGCUCAGAGAAUGAUGACCUUGCAUCAUAUCCAGUUAUCAGCAAUUUUGCUCAAUGCUUACAAGAUCUUGGGGCAGAUGUUAAGGUUGUAAAGUGGAAUGACUCUCCUCACCUAGAACACUACAAGCAUUAUCCUAUCCAGUACAGGGCUGCUGUGGCUAGUUUUCUUGAGAAGGCGACUUCAGUUUAUUCCCAUAGGAUCCAGAAACUUCGAGAAAGAAAUGGUAUGCAUGAUGAGAUAUCUGAGUUAAUCUGUGACCUGCAGAAAGCAGCAGUCAACUCAAACCAAAGCCUUAGGAGAGUUGCUCUUGGACCUAGUGACCACUUUUUCUUGCCAAGUUCAGCUGAAUAUCGCAAUGGUAGAGAGUCGGGGUCUCUACAAGAUGAACAAAGAGAAAGACUAAUAUCUCUGCCUGUACCCCCGAGCAUCAAUGCUCAUAGUGUCCUUGGCCAGAUCCUCUUUGAUGCUUGUGUUCCGAAGAAUAUUGAAGGUUGGGACAUUAGAUUUUCAGGUUCUGUAAAAGGACAGCCAUUUGCAGCUGCCCGUAGACAUUCACCUUUCCUUGGUAUCAGGUGCAAUCGUCGUUCAAAAUUGUAAUGUCUCUUAGAUAUUGAAUUUGAGGGGAAUCACAUCGGCGUGAAUGUUUUGUUGGAUGCUGUCUAGAGAAAUUGCAAGCAAAACACUCCCAUCUAGAUGGUGUAUUGAACAUGAGGUCUGUGGACAUUUUGUGGAAAAUUGUGUCCUUUUGUUUGUGAUCUAAUCCUCUGGCAAGGAGUAUACAGGUAGCAUAGGAAUAUGAACAUAUGUAUUGUAUGAAUAUAUAUGUAUAGGACUUUUUGCAUGUAUGAAAUUGUACAGAUGGUAAGUUGACAGUUUGUCUGCGUCUAAGAAGCAGUCAUGAUGAUCAUCAGAUGGAAAGCCCCGGAAGGAAGAAAAAGGUCAUCAACUGGGCUUGGAUUGGGAGAAUUUCCAGAUGUAAAUAAUAGAGGAUCAAGGUCUGUACAAAGAUGUCAGCUUCCCUCCGCCCCUUCGGCAAAUACCAAAUUAUCUGCACGUAGAGGCUCAUAGUAAAGAAUUCAAUUCGUUUCUUCAUUAAUUUUAUCAGUCAACUUGAGUAGUCUCAGUUGGAUCUGAACAUUUAAAUGCAUAUAAUAGCGAUUUUGAUUGAUUUUA